AUGCAGAACCUGACCAACAUUCAGGUUAACGUCACGUCCGACCGGAGUGUGACGGUAAUCGUGAAAGUGUGUGUGGUCAUCCCCAUCUUCAGUGUCUUCCUCUCCUUCAUCAUCCUCAUGCUGCACACAUUUGCGUCGCACCGCCACUUCCUGGAGAGCCCGCGCUACAUCCUCUUCACCUACAUGCUGGUGAACGACACCCUGCAGCUGCUCACCUCCGUGCUGCUCUUCCUGUUCGUCAUGGCGCAGGUCAACUUCGCGCUGGUCUUGUGCGCGCCGCUACUCUUCUUCUCCACGGCGACCUUUCUCAACACGCCGCUCAUCUUGGCCGUGAUGUCACUGGAGCGCUACGUGGCCAUCUUCUACCCGCUGCAGCGGCCUGCCGCCUGGCGCGCCGAUCGCAUCUGGCUCAUCAUCCUGGCCAUGUGGCUGCUGAGCUGCGUACAGCCGGUAGUGGACUUUGCCAUCAGCAAGCCGCGCAGCACCACCGACAUCUUGACCACGCCUGUGCAGUGCAAGAGUUCCGUGCUGAACGUGUCGCUGGCGCAGACGCUCUUUAAGGUGGUGCUGAACGCGCUCUUCUUCAUUGUGGUGGCCGCCGUCAUCCUCUUCACGUACGUGCGCAUCCUGCUGGGCACGCGCACGAUGCGGCAGGACCGCGCCUCGGUGACCAAGGCGCUGCACACGGUGCUGCUGCACGGCCUGCAGCUGCUGCUCAGCAGCUGCGCCUUCACCAUCCCCUUCACCGAGCACCUGAUCGUGCUGCACGUGGGCUGGCUGCGUGAGCACAUGUCCUUCCUCAACUACGUCUGCUUCGUCAUCUUGCCGCGCGUGCUCAGCCCACUCAUCUACGGCCUGCGCGACGAGAGCCUGCGCAGGCACAUGCAACGAUCCCCGCUCUGCUGCGCCGGCAGGGGCCAGCGUCCAGGCAGUGUCGGCCCCAGGUCAAAGGGCAAAAGCAUUCGGAAGUGA